AUGACGCCAGCUCUCAAGUUGCAGCUCACUCGACGAGAUCCGGCCACACACGCUGCCAACGAUGGUGACGCAGCAAUCUGUUUUGUUCAUCGUAAGUCAUCUAUGGCAGUGCUACUCAUGUGACAGCAAGAUGGAUUAGAGUGUGUCGCUUAUUCGCGACUUCGCAUAAAAAACCAGUCGGCAUAAUCUUGCGCCUGAAGCAAUCGAAAAAAUUAAGCUACUCAUUGGAUCUCGAAUAUCCUAGCCGAGGAUAAAGAAACCACCUUUUAUUGAAGUCCCGCAGACGUUUAGGUGUCUGCGCAGACGAAUAAAAACUCCAGAUGGAACUCUCCUUCAUGACUAACACAGAUGACUAACUAAGAGUUGUGGAUUAUACACAUCUCCCGUCCCAUCCUCAGACAUUUGUCUCCGCUCCUAUGAAUGCCCAGACAUCAUCUACCCAUUUCUCGAUAGUACUACAAUAAUGUAGGGAUCGCGACCUUUGCUGUCAAUCUGCUUGUUUGUGUAGUCGCAAUGGUUUGGUUAUGAACAAAUAACCACCAUCGGUUAGCAGCACCGUCACUCGUAACGAACAUAGAAACAUGUGUUUUUUGGUCUACGUGCCAAUUGCUACAUAGAGGUAGUGUAUUUCGAGAGUUGAUGCAUUUGGAUGUGUUUCUACAGCGCGUAAAAAUAUCUAUAAGUGUGCUCUCCCAACAUGCAUACCCCACGCUUCUAAAAAAAUUUAAAAGCCCUAUAUUUCAGACAGCUCAUAGAGAACCUAGGUUAAAAGAACUAUAUUUAACAAUCCCAAUCACCUUUUCCAAAAACUAACUGGCAGAACAAUUUUCGCGACACUUGCUAAAAAAAUAAAUAAGUUAUAUAGUAGAAAAGUGGCUAAAUUAAGUCCUCCAGUGCCAUAUUUUAAAGUUGGGGUUUAUCAGGUGACCUGGAAAGCCUGCAGGAGAAAACCAGAAGGACACAGCUUACGAAGUAAUUUCAGACGGUGGUCCAUGCUUAUAGGAUUUCCAUCCUACCUGAUAACACAAAAGUAAAGAGCCCAAUUUUUGGCAACCCCUGUAUGUGCGCAAAAAAUUGAACCUAACUAAUAAUUGUCUCCUGUACACUUAUAACAGGUACGUGACAGCAGGGGUCGAUUUAAGUGUAGUCCUUGGUCUCCGACAUAAUCCUUCACUGAUCUUAAUCCUACUUUUGUAUAUUGAUUUUCUCGUCUGAAUUGGCAAAAAUAUUCAAGUAACAUUAUUUUUGCAUGGUCCUACUACAUUUUGUAGUCAGUGUGUCUACGGAGAAGGCGUUGAUGGGUAUAGACAGUCAUCCCCACAGUUAUCAUGCCUACUAUUAUCCAAACAUAGUCUUAGGAGUGCAGGAAACAUAUUUGGGGAUGUAAAAAGCGCAAUUUAAAGCAUGUCAGACGGCGUUGCGGAUAAAGGUGUUGUACGAAGUGCGAGGACGUUUUGCCAAAUAUGCACGACUUGACAUAAGCCCUAGAUUAAAUUGAGCUCGGUUUGCAUAGCAUAGUCAUAACUAUCGGAAGACAGUUGAUGCGUUCGCGUCUAACGGAGUUUGUUAAAUGUGGGAGGAAAUUUGCGUGAUCGACGUGGUCUGCAUCAAUAUGAUUAGGCCUACGUGAGCUUCAGCGUCAGUUUUUAACCGGACCACGUUGCAUGCUGUGGUGCAUUUUGACUCUGAAGCACACUAAGGUGUGUUGAAUUUUCCAGCUGUUUUUUCUGCAGCGUCAGUGAGACUUGGCAUCUGAUUGGCAAUGAUAAGAUUGUUUCCAUAAUCCAUAUCACCACAGAAGUUUGCUCAGCUUUUUUUGUGGACACCGCAUGGCCUAUUAAGCUGUCAUAUAUAGGACGACUUUAGAUAUUCUGUUCAGGACUUUACCUGGCACUGCCUAUCUCACAUAAUACAUGAUUUAUGCGGCUCUGGGGGGAAAUGCUCAAAGUUUCGCAAAGAGCGAAUAGGACUGGCUGGGCACCAGAGCCAUUUGAUUUUCGUCUGUAUUUUGGGACUCAUGCAGUAAUGCAUCGUCAGAGAUGAAAGCAGCAGCGGAUAAGGCGACAUUUGCCAAUCACUAGCACAAGCGUGGAAAUGUCUAUGCAGGGCUUUGCAUACCGGUGCCAAAUCGAUACAUCGGUUGACCGAGUUCUCAUCCGAGUCUCAGGAUUCCGAUGUUCGACCAGUAUACUCUUUUUUUACUUAUGCAGACACGUUGAAUUCAUACAUCCGCCCCCUUUUUCGAGAAGUACUUGAUUUUACGAACGAAUUCUCCAUAUUUUUCGCCACGCAAGCAAACACGUGACUUGAUAGAAUCAUACAUCAAAUGCUGUUUGUGCCCCACACAAGCAGUCCUCGGUUAGGUUCCUAACCGCCUAUUAAAAUUUAUGUACGGGUUAUCCGAAAAUUCUUUUUAAUUCCCGCUGAUAGCUGAGUUAAAGUUACGCUCUAUCCGCAUCUGAUCCAGUGGACUUAUAAUAGCAUUCAGGCCAGGUUUUAAACUUGAGAAAUUUUACUUCCAGCCAAAUGGGACACCGCCACAAUACAAUCGUGCUCUUCAGUUUUACCUUGAUGAGGUGUUGCCAGAGAGAUGGACGGGAUGAAAGGGUGUAGCGAUUAUACCAGAUUUAGUAAUUAAAGGCCUUUUUAUGCGGAGGCCCAAGGCGUAAAUUCCGCAUUACAAAAGUGGCAGCAGUCGCCAAAUUCGAGUAGUCAUUGAAAAUGAAUGUUCUUAAAUAUCAUACGAGCUGCCUCUUGAUGUAUGCGACUCAAUCGCUUGGAGUUUUCAGUAGCACCUAGACAAAACGGACGACCGUUUGAAAACAAGCCUUAGCGUAACAAGCAGACAGUGUAUGUAGAUUAUAUUUAACUUUGGACAGGAAAUAUAAUUAAAUAAUUAAUCAGAGCGUGUAUACAUUUUGGGCCACCAUGUAUGUGCAAGCUCUCGGAGUAAGUCAACGAGAGUAUUUUCGGCUGCAUAAAGGUCGAAAUGUUCGAACACACAGCGGCAUAGCACCUUGUACUGGAUUCAGCAAAAGGCACAACAACGAUAAAUUCGCAGUUUACUUGCCUAAAUAUAAUCCUCUGCGAAUCUGCGAGGCCGUUUUUUGGACGGCUUGACAGCACAGGGACGAUAUAACUGUGGCAGUUUAUCUUCUUGCCUCAAGGUCCUUGACACACGAUUGCGAUCGCUGUGAGCGCAGUAGAUCUUGUAGGAAAGUUCCGAACUGGAAUCCGAAGAAGUAGAAAAGGAAGAAUGUUCGCCACACUGGAUAGCUACAGGCAACUUUACUCUGCUUAUCGAUCUCUGCGAUUUCCGGCAUUUACAGGAAUGGUUGGGCCGAUGGGAACAAUGGGUGUGACGGGUGUGGGCUUUCCCUGAGUGUUUACAAGCGCAAUUGGCCUUUGUUUGCGUCGCCUUUGAUAUGUGUGGCGGAAUGACCCCAGUCGUUUGGGGUUCUCGAAUGGCCUGGAUCUUUUCGGAUGCCCGAUAGAAUGAGUUAUGCUGGUGGCCGCAUUGACACUGACGGUCUGUCUGGACUGCAGCGACUGCGGUAGCCUUAGAAAUUCGGCAGCCAUUUGGACCUUCAGUCAUUCCGUCAGCUUUGGGGCUUGACGAGUGCCGAAGGCAUACAAGUAUGGAGGGCGGUACGUGCACAUCCUGGGAGCGAGAAUUUCGUACGAGACCAUCCGUCUGUGUGCAUAUACACCUGCCUGGGGCUUGAUGUUCGUCACAAUGACCAGUACUGACAAAUGUAGUCUUGCACGCAACCUCUGAACUUAGGUUCGUUGGUCGUGUAGAGCGUUUGAUAGUUGGUUUUUGAAGAACAAUUGGUUUCCGCGUUUGAGCUGGCGGUGAAUGUGACUGCCUACCAUCACGAAUAUUUUCAGGGUGUGUCUUCAACACGUCAGUUUCACUUCCAUUUGUUUGGGGUUCCGCUACAUCAAAUAAUACUUGGUUAUUGGAACGUUGAAUAAGCUUCCUAAACACAGACAAUUGCUUGGAAUUUUCAAAUCUGAUAAUAAUAUAUUGUCCCUGGGAGCGUUUUUUGGAGAGAAUGAAACAGACACCAGGAUAGUCGGUCAGGGUCACAAAUUGGACUAUGUUUUUGAAGCGGAUGUCAGGGAGCUUAGCUUCAUUUUUUGCGAGCUCGAAGCGUAUAUUGUCGGAGUAUAUGUGCGUUUCAUAUUUGUCCACUGUACUUUUUGUGAGAGCUCCGCCGGUCAUUAUCUCCGAAAUCUGGUCUAGUGUGAAGGCUUCAUGAUCAGGCAGACGUGCCUUGUCAAGAGCGAACACCGUUGUCACAAGUUUCGGCUGCUGAGAAUCGAGGUCACCGGUGCCCAUCGUCGACAAGACUCCUGGAAAAACUGAUGACGCGCUGAAAUAAAGAACAGAUAAUUGACUCAGGUUUCUUCAAAGCGAAGGAAAGCCCAGUGAACCUAUGCGGGUGUUGCAACUUGCGUGCACGCGACGGAGAGGGCUUGCCGUCUUCGUAUUCGCUGACUCACAUCGAAUGACAAGCCGCGGCACAGACAUCAUAAGAAUCGGAUAGGUCUGCUGAUAAACACAAAAAUAGCGGUAACUUCAGUUACGAGGAAAUGCUCCCUGAGAAUCCAAGUAGGUCAACAAUGAACAGCGUCCCUACCUGAAUUUGGUUGACUUGUUUGCUCGGAUAAAAUGGGCUGUCAACAACGAAGGCUAAAGUUUGGCAGCUUAUAUUUUAGAAGCAAAUAAAGGACGAAGAUUUUAAGCAAAUGAGUACCGGAAGUUCUGCAGAGUGACAGUUAACUCGUACCUACCGACGGAACAUAGGAGAAACAAAUUCCAGAUUUUAACUAAAGAGAACAACCGGAAUCUAUAUAACCACUAUUAUUUUUGCAAGUUUUAGACUUAAUGGGCUAUUCGUAUGUAAAACUUUAGGAAGAUAUCUGGGCAGACGUGGGUGGGUGUUAAGUGGGCAGUGAAAUUUCUCACCAGUCUGUUUUACUCUUCACUGGAAAAUUUCAUUCUCUCAAGUUUCCACCUAUAGAGAUGUCAUCAAAAGCAUGAAGAGAAACAUCAGGAUGCGCUGGCAGUUAUUACGCGGAAAGUCGCUGUCUUUGUUCGUUGAAAUAGAGGUCCAAGAAAAAUAGACGGUGUCAGAGUGAAAAUGAACCCUCAAUAAAAACGAGAGAAACUGGACCAUUUUUUGCUAAUUUCCCACUGACGUUCAUAUUGCAAACAAUGAGGAAUAUUGGUUACUGGGGUAAAACCGCCUUAAGUUGAGGUGUACUUGACUGACGACGAAAAAUAUGCGAGAAGUGUAUAUCCCAGGUUCCUUCCGCAUUACUGAUUCACCACUGAUAGCUCCUCGACGCGUGAUCGCUUGCAAGCGUUUGAAGCUGCAGCUACGAAGACAGGGGGAAAUUUUUACAUCAUCCUGUUAUCGUAUCUUUUUGACGAAAAUCAGUCCACUUUGACUUUCGGGUCCGUAAAAUUUAGUAAUUUAGAGCACAGAAAUUUCUCCAUCUCUCUGUUACUACUGGUUCGACUGAAACUGGACAAAUUACUUCUUUCAACUAAGGUAGUAAUUCCAAGCACGUUUUCGGAUAAUAGCAUAGGCUAAUGCUUUUAAACUAAGAAAGGAAAUCAAGUUAAUCGUCUAAGAACUUGGGGAUUGCCUCGAUGCAAGGUUACUGGCAUUUAAUAAAAAUCACAAUUUUAUUGGUAGCGUAAACGUCUCAGUCAAGUCGAAACCAGUUGGUCACAAAGUUACUUACAUGAUUUCGUUUUUUCAUUCAACCAGCUCACCUAAAAAGGUCAAAAAUUAAAUUUGCGAUCCAACUCGACCUGACAGGGGCAUAACUGGGAGACCGAAACUUACCUUUAUAUUUUCGAUUGCUUAUAAAUGAAUUUUUUGUCAAUUUCGGUAAAUAUAAAAUUGUAUUGCUUACAGAUUCAGCUUUCACGUUUUUUGCACAAACGAAGGAUAAAGGUCAAAAUAGAUAAGAAAUCCUUCACAAAUUACCUAGCCAUUUUUAUCUUUAAGAGAUUGGUAUUUUUAAAAAAAACAUUACACGUUUAUGUGACCAUUGCCAUAUGAUGAAAAAUUUGGGAUCAAAUGCUACUUCUGAACACCUGAAUAAAACGAAACUCGAAAGUCAAAUAACAGGAAACCCAGUAUCUCUGCCGCGUUUAAGCCUAAUCAAAUGAGUAUUUGCCAAAUAGCCAAUGCUUACCGAUCGAUGAUUUUGCGAAGAGCAAGUAUUUGCAUUAUUUAUUGUAAUUAUUUGUUUAAGGCCGUGCUAUUUUACACGAGAAAAGGGAAAACUGCUUUCUGGGAUGCGUGCAUGGUUUAAUUUCGCAGAGGAAAUAUACAUACUUAAUUUUGUCGGAACGAUCGAUUAGGCAAAAUUACUGUGCGAAUGGUCGUGGUGUUUGGCAAAAAUAUGAUCUUCUUUGCCAGGAACAGUUAGAUGUUAAAGGACAAAUCUUCUUCGUUUACUUAUUUCUGUUAAAACGAGAAAACAUAUGAUUUUGGACAUUCGGUGAGGACUUAUACAUUCAAACACAAAAAAUAUGUGCACAAAUUUUAAGUUAGGCUUUUAAUAGAAUGGGCAGCUUAACAGAAACUUAAGGUUUAAUUGAGUUGGACUUAAGUUCCACUUAAUUCAUAUGUGGAAGUAUGCAGACCUGUAGUUAUGUAUACUUCCAACUGCGUGGAUGGGUAAUUUUUAUAAACCUUCUUUACCCACUGCGUACGUUCCUGGUAAUAUAAUAUUCUCAUAUUGCCUCAGUCGAGACCUCCGGAAAGACUUAUAUAUACUUUUUAGGAAGCCGCGCCUUUUAACUAUGCCUGGAAAGGACAAACAUCUUGAUUUUUAAAGGUUUGAUAGUUCUUAUAAAUUGUAUCGUUCCCAUUGGGUUUCCAAACUGCAGGCUGUAUAUGUAGUUUCCUAUUAGUGAAAAAUAAUAGGAAGAAAACCUUUCAUGCAUUUCUGCGGCGGUUCUUAAAUCAGUGUGAACACAAAAGAUUAAUAAAAUGACUAGCUAACUGAGUUACUGCGCAGAAUUUGCAAGAACAACUAAAGAAACUAACUCAAAAAGAAGAAUGACACUCUGAGUCGUUUAACUUGAGCUUAUAUAACGUGCACAUAAAUGCCCAAAGUUAACUUUUUGGAAACAAAUGUAAAAAUAUCAUCCGUAGUUUCUGUUUUUACGACACCACAAUUAAGUAAAAGAGACCGAAAAAACACUUUCUGAAAGGUUUUAGGGCUUUAUGCUUCCUUUAAAUUGUAUCUCAAAAUGAUUUAUAUGAAUUUUACAAAGAUCUUAAAAGAAUUCGGAGACAAGCCCGCAACAUAUGCGAACACAGAGAGCAUCGCGACCACUAAGUGGGAGCGCUUAAGACGCGGAAAUUUCUCUGCUGAUUUCGAAAAUAAAUCUAAAAGUAUUUUUAUGGGAAAUGGAAGCCCAAACUGAAAUGACGUGCAAUGCAAUAAAUCACUUGGGUAGUGGUUAAAUUUGUCAGCAUGAUCCUUUUGCGCAGCUACGAAAGUCUUUAGGAAUGAGUUUGAAUGUAGACACCUUUGUUGUCCGUGUCUGUCUUCACUGCAAGUCCGGUCUACAUCGAUCAAAAAGAAAUAUCCUUUUUAAGUAGCGUAAGUGAGGAGAAGGGAUUAUUAAUUUGGGUCUUUCUGUUUCGAAAUGAACAUUUAAAGGACAUAUAUAACUGUUCGUCAUAAGAGUCUUACCCGUUACCAGAUCUAUAAAAGUGAGACGCUGCGGCGUGCGGCGGUUUAUGUCCAAAUGUCCUCAUUUACCUGUAUGGCUCGUCAUCCGUGCCUAACAUAGGGACCGUCAGUUAUGGAAGUAUCGUUUUGACUGCAAGGAUUGGCCACUCAAGAGGAUGAACGUAGCGUGAAACUCCUAUGGGGUGUGAUUGUAUUGUCGCAUCUUCCAGGUAGAGCGAUGAAGGUUGCUUGUCUCAUGAAAUGCUGACCGAAACUCGAGAAAUGGCUUUUGAUUGAAAUUUUUUACAAAGAUGGGGCUGCUACAGACGGAGAGACUAACCCUAUUGAGAAGUUUGCACAAUCGCUGAGGCAGGAGUUUUGCUCGUAUGAUAUUUCGAAUUCGUGCCCGGAUUCAGCAUCACAAAAACCAGCACACACGAGUAAUUCAUGCAUGACGGUUCGCAGUAUUUAUAGGAUGCAACCGCCAUGCCACCACAUACCUAUGAAAAUUAGCGACUCUUCCUUUAGAGAGGGCGGCUGCCCUUGGUGCGGUGAUCGAGUCGUUAGCCGUUGCUAUUUCAUUACCUGUAUUGAUGUUAGCGGGGUGUUUAUUCAACCAACUGGCUCGCCGACACUGGCGUUGUAAACAGCGUUCACCAGCGCGCUCCCCGCCAGAUUGACGACUUUGUUCUGACAAAGUCUCAGCACCGAAUAUGGAAUGGGGAGAUCGGUGUACUUGUUUAUACUGGGUGCCGGUGAGCCAUGACUCAAGCAGAUCGAGGCACAUCCGGUUGUCAUCCAUUGCGAGAAUUUCGGCCUCGUCGAAAUUGCAUGUGUAAUCGGGCCCGUCGAACGGACCGCAACCUGGGAGCUGACGUCGCUUCUUAACGCUAUUACCGCGUGUUCGGCCAUUCGCGUCACGAGCGAUCUUCCGGUUUCUCCGGCUUAGCUGUCUUGACUGCAACGACACCUGAUCCGAUAUGGGAAUCCGGGUGUUUCUUGUCGAGGCGGCAGUUCUUUCGGCCUCAUACGUGCGACCUGAUGAUUGCCUCCGGUUCGUGUCACUCCAAAUCCAAGCGCUGUCAGGAGGGGUUUGAUGGCCUCCGAGACUUUCUUUGCGUACUGAAACCCUCGCCAAACUUGAGGGUCAAUGAUAAUGAUUAUUAUGCUACAUAGCCCCAGGCUUUUGAGUUAUGGUGUUUUCAGAAAUAGGCAUAUCACUUCUUGUACAUUGCCGGUGGUAAGUUACGCUUUCAUUCAGUUUUUCAUCAAAGAAGGUUUGUUUUAUGAGUUAAGGAAGAUUUUUAGCUCCCGAACCACUCCGAACCCGACCUGUUAUUGAAUUUGUGUUUAGGACUUACAAAACACAGGCUGUGACCUUCCAUAUAGGCAAUCUAUUCAUUCCUCUAUGCUUUUAAGAAUAUCUCACUUAGUGUUUGUUAAGGUUCUCAAUGAAUUCGGAUCCUGUUCUAUAUUUAGAAGACGCUUUGAUAAACGGAAAGAUACGACGAUAUUUUGGAUAAACAUUUCAUGGUCUUAGGGUAUCUUGAAAUCAAAACAUCGUAAAAGAAAAGGUAUUUUAUGGAUGUUUUUUGUAAGAUAUAUUUGAAGUUUUUAGGCCAUCGGAAAUCAAAAAACGCACCCUAUUUAAUUUGUCAUCUUUUACAAAGUGUGGUUUUUACAGGCAGCCAGAGGGAAGCGCACCAACAAGCAGCCUUUCUGGCACGGUUUAAAUACCAUGGGAUUCUGCGACACGAUAAUCAAUAUAAGAGUUCAUCUAAGUAGUAUCUACAGAAGUUCAUUACGGACAAAGACACGGAAGACUGAAGUGAUCGUUUUUGGCCUGAUAGUCGUCAUCAGCCAGUCACACCCAACACUGAGGUAUGCAGCCCCGAGGCUCGAACUCACAACCUGUUGGUCAAAAGCCCAACGUUCUAACCAUUGUGCCACGGGCUUGUCCUGGCGGUUCUGACCGGAUAUAUUAACAACGGUAGAGGGGGAUCGCACCGAUCUCGUUGCGAAACUCACUCGUACCGUUGUGCCUAGGAGUUCUCAUUCGAGUCCUGCCAGCAGCCAUACAGCGGUGCAUAAUAUGGGCAGAAUAGCAUUGUCGACGGCUAACUGGUAAUAUCUUUUGAUCGAAAGCACGUUCCGGAAUUUCACUUAACAUUUCAUGCUACGUAAACUACCAUUUCUCCAAUCGGAGUCUAAUAGGCGCGCCUUCCGCACCCGUUUUACUCUGUGGUAAUGCGUCAGCUCACGACCUAGGAGGUCCUUUUGACAAGAUUACGCUUUGGUCGGAUAACUUAUCCGAUUUGAGGCUUGAAUAUCUCUUAGUUACCUCAUUUGUCGGCGAGGCGUCCAGCUGUACUUGUAAGCGCUCUCAAUUCCGAAUGUUCUAAUUACUCUAAUGAUGACCACUGGCACAGAUUUUGCAAAUGGGACAGCACCAUGAUGGUGGUCGGCUGGUUUUCUUCAUAAUGCGCCCUCGAAAACGCUGGUCCCUCUCGGGAGCAACCACACAUAUUCACCAGUGUUUAUAUGGCUCCGCUCGGCUGGCUGGACAGUUAGUGUACUCCAGCGAGUCUCUACCUACCGGGUGAGCUUUCGUACGCAACUAUGUUUUUGCUACAUCGGAUGAUUGCCGUUAAAGGUAAAGCACUUACUCUGUUUCCCAAUGUCCUGCAGAACGUUGUCACUAAGUAAUCGUUGUGCUGACGGCUCUCGAGGGCAUUUGAGAUGAUGAACCUCCUGUCCACUUCUCCAUCCUUGAUGAGACGCAAAUCGGAGCGACCGAGUAGAUUUGGUCCUUAAAAUACGCUAUCUUGCAUCGUUUGAGGAUUAAAGAGGUGUCGCCAUCAUAUGAAGUAAAAAGUAGCCCUUGUACGUCUGGACCACUUGCAUUUCGGGAACCUCAGAGACUAGCCCGGAAAGCAAGCACCUCAAUAGCGUGUUUUUGAUUUGUUCGUAGGCGGAUUCGUCAGAUGAGAAGGAGGUCCCUAGGCAAUGUUUCAAGAUUUUCACGGGGUCAUAAGUUUUAAGAUAGCAGUCGACGUCCUCACAGCGAUAACACAGUAGGUCGCCCGUUGACUUGACAACGAACGUUUGUGUAAUGGAUAUGACGAGGGAAGUGGUGUCGACCGACUAUGCCUCCCUCAUCUGCCCUACUUGCGACAUCUACAGGUGGUUUCUUACAGGCUCAUAGGUAUGUGGAAGCCAACGGAGAGGAGUACAGUAGAGACCCCCUUUCUUGCAAAGUUCGAUGCAUGCUGAACCCGUUAGUCUCUGGUGAUGGACGACCAUAUAUGUUCUUCGGAAGCCAAGACGCAAAUUUAAAACCGUCGUUAAUCCACCCCAGUAGUUUGAUUGACUGACUACCUGUUUUUGAAGUUUAGACACGAGUCUUGAACUUCGAAAUAGGAAAAUCCCCAAGGGAUAUUGGCCAUUUAACUCGAACCAUUUCAACUAUAGUGCACAUACAGGGUUCCUGUUUAAAACUGUUCGGCAAUACCGACAGGAAUGGAAUAUAAGCCUGAACUAAUUAAUAUGCCGUCGUAUACUAGUCUUCAAUUAUUACAUGUUGACUUCACUUACAUAGAAACCACUAGAGCAGCUGAAUAUUAUUAGGGGCGCCAAAAGCAGUGCUGUUUUUGUGGUCUUAAUUUAAAUGAUAUGUAUUUAAUGUUAAGGUUUGCUCCGUUUGCAGUGCAUGUCUUUGCAACUCAGUCAGGUUUUCAUUUUCAGAUUCCGAUAUAAAUUUAGGUUCGGAUGUGGUUUUGUAGCCCAACCUGACGUAAAUAAACUCCAAUCACCUAUAAUACGGUACCGGUGGUAAUAGGGGUUUUUGCAGGUGGAGCCGGGGAACGCACAGGCGAAGAGGUAAAGUAGGUGUAUGCAAAAGAUAAGCUUUUGGGAGUGCGUGGUUGUAAUUUCAAUGGUUGAGAAAUAGUUGCGCUAAUCCCUAACCCUAACCUUUAACCCUAACCACAACUCCUAAGCAUAACCCCCAACCAUAAGUACUAAUUUUAACCCUUAACCCCAACCCCAAUAAUGCUGUGCCCAUCAGGCGGGACUACCAAAUCACAUCUUGCCCAAAUUUUAUUUUGAGGUUGGGUUUAACAUAAUAAAAUACGUAAAAUCCGAUGGCGACCAUUUUUUCACUAUAUGAAUUUCCCAAUGAAAACGACGCAACAACACCCACCAAAAUAAUUUGUGGUGUUCAUUAGAAUGUUUUAGAUAUUCAAAAUUUCCAGUUUUGGUUCGGGAGAUUUCGAUCAGACGAUUUGAGCCUUUCUGAUGUCCAUCGUCUGAAAAGAACAGUGGAACCAGGCAACGAAACUCCGCGCGUAACUGUUGAGGCAGAUCCUCAUCAGACCACCAAGGAAUUAGCAGAAAAACCAAAUUAGUCCUAGUAUGCUGUUCAGAAUCAUCUUCGGCAGAUAAAGGAGGUUAUUAGCUAGGGUUUGGUUGGGUCUCACGCCAACUUUCAAUGGCAAACAAAGCCCACCACUCCAAAAUCUGUAACAUUUUAUCAAGUAAACAAGCGAGGUAACUAUUACUCCGUCGAAUUGCCACUGCGGAUGAGAAAAGGAUUUUUUACGUUAACAACAAGCGCGGACAUCAAUGGCUUUCUAGAGGUCGGACACCAGUUCUUACGUCAAAAUCGAGCCCAUGCCUCAAGAAAGUCUUGCUAUUUGCUUGGUGUGGUAUGGUGGCAUACUUCACUUGGAGUUGCCAGAACGAAACCAGAUUGUAAUAGAAGAAGUCCACUGUCAGCAAUUAGAACGUUUGAACCAAACUCUUGCCGUUAAACGUCCAAAGUUCCGCUAAAGAAUUUAUUAUUAUACAUGAAAACGCGAGGCCGCAUUGUGGUCGACAGACUUAAAACCAGAUCCAAGGUUUAGAUUGGGAUCUUUUGAUCCACCGGCUUUAUUAUCUGAUUGAACUUAAAAUGAUUAUCGUUUGUUCAGAUCUUUGCAGCAUUUCUUGAGCGGAAAAACAGUUUGAAAUGUCGAUGCUUUUAAAACUAGACUUUCGAUAUUAUUCUUAUAAAAACAGACCUUUAACAAAGAUGGUAUAGAGAAGUCAGUUUCAAGAUGGGCAGCACUGGAUCAAAUAAUAGCAGUUAUAAUACUGAUCAAAACAUAAAGCGUCUUCUACUAAAAAGUUCCUUGUCAUUCACUAAAAAGCGACAUUAGUUUCUGGUAUCCCCAGUAGUUGCGGAAUGUUUUUCAGUUUCCAUAUAUAGCAAAUAGAGUCUUUAAGAAAGCAUGUCAAAUCUUAUUCCCUUUAAAUAUUUUUUAUAAUGAUUCUUCUUUAUGAAAUCCAAGUAUUAACGGCAUAUUACAGAUUAGUAUAUUAUAAAGGUGUCUAUCUUCAUAGGCGCAUGUUCUGGUGGUUUUUAAAGUAAAUGGUAUGCCUUCCUUCUGAGAAAGUGUUACUUCACUGCAAGUUGUCUAGAAACGCCUGUGCACAUACCACAGCAGGGUGGAUUCUAGAAUGGUGACUUGCUCGUGAUCGCAUCAUCAUCUUCUUCUGAACUGCUCCUGGAAAUCGCCUUUUCGCCUCUAUACGAAUUAAGUUGCGUUGCUAGUAGACUGACGCAGCAUCUACCGCAUCCACUCUCCUCCUUCAUCCGCCUGGACACAGCCUCAUGACAGAGUCAAAAGACCGGAGGCGGAAGAGGGAGCAGCGGCUAACGGAGCCAAAUACCCCACUAUGCAUGCCACACAUCCCUGGUCCGUGCAAGAUGGCGCAGCUUUUCACACAAACAAGAGAGGAGCGGCUCAGGUCCCAUUUGAGUGGGAGUACUAUAGACGGCACAUUGAGAAGGAGUCAUUGCAACCCGACUCUCCGUCCUGAGAGGACCGAGUUAUGCCUUUAGUAAACCGCCUUCCAUGCCAUGAACACUGGCGUACCAUGAUAGUUUAAAGACGCGUCAAACUGUCUAUCUUGGGAAAUGUACGCUGAAUGCCGUGGCGGCACCGCCCCCAGAGUCGACCUCAGCCGCUAUUCCCUCUUGCACCGGUCCACUGUCUGAGUUGGUCAGUCAUCUGACGGGGGGGAUUGGGCGCAGCUUAAACGCCCGUCUGCGUGUACAUACCCGAUGUGAUGCUCGCAAAACACCAGGUUUUCACAUAAAAGCCGUGGGCAUUGCAAACAAUGCUAUCUUUUUGAAAACAGUGUUAGGGUGUCCGUUCAAUGUUUUGGCAUUUUGAGCGUAUGCUGCGAGUGUAAAAGCUGCUAUAAAAUUAAUCCAAUAAGAAGCAUUGUGUAUAAAGCAAGAUAUUCGAGUCUUCCAACUGUAACUCACCGCAGUUGCUUAGCUUGCGCUGUCUUUUACACUCUGCAUUUCUACUUCUAAUAAAGAAGAGGAGAAAAUUUUCUACAAUGGAGGACAACCAUCCUACAACAUAUCGCAUAAUCACUACCAUUACCAUAACUGUUACCACUGUCAUGGAUUAAGAUAAAAUUUAAAGACACAAAAUCCAUGCCCGCAAAUGUCAUGCAAGUUCGCUUUUAAUAUUUGCCAAAAUAUGCAUUUACAUCAAAACGCGGUUAGAAAGUGGAUCCAGAUCAGAUGCGUGCAAAAGAUGACUUUUUAAGUCUUUACGGUCGUCCAGAGCGAUGGUAAAUCUUCGAUAAUCAGGAAACUCGGCCCAUCCUUCUAGUUUUCAAGACCGGCACAAAAAUCAAAAUGAGAACCUCCCCGCAGAGUUUGAAAUAUUACCUCUGUCUUUCCUUUUCUUCCCUCGUUGCUCACUUGGCUCUGUAUUACACAGGCUUUACAAAUUUUAAGGCAGAGUGCAGAUUUAUUUUGCUGAGGGCAACCCUUCAAGGAUACGAAUAAGUUCCCUUCGGUUGCCGCUGAAAUGACAGCCGAUAUUGUCAUCCCUGGAAAAAACAUAUUUUACUGGAUUCUUCAUGUGUUUGAGUUAACUCUUGCAGCCCGAAUUAUCUAUUGAAGGAGCAUUUUGCCCAAAAUACCCAACAAUGGCAAACGAUCAACGACUAGUAGAUGGUGUUAGACGACAGAGAAGAACUAUAUCUCAGAAAAAAAUCUAACUUCCUUUUGAAUCUUCCUGGAAAGCCAAUAAUUAUCUUAAACUGAGUAUUUCGUUAACAGAUCUAAGGAUGCCCAUGAACUACAGGGACCGAAAGUCAUGUUUACCUACGUCAACUUGAUCCAUUACGUGAAAAAUCUCAGGCAUUAUUGAAUUGAGUCCUGCGAGGGAUAAACUACCCGAUCCGGCUUGGCUGUUAUAAGAGACAAAAACAUUGAAUCUUACCUUGGGUCUCUGUCUAAAGUGUUUAUAGAAAGGUCUCCAGGAGGUCUGGCUGAUGGUUAAAGCAUGCCCUAUAAGAUUAUCCAGUUCCUCAUAAUUAUAGCAAACAAUAUUUUAGAUGAUAUUCUCAGACAAGUGCAGUUAAGAACUGCUAUUUCACGAAACCCUUUGUCUGUUUACUUUCCUUGAUUUUAAACUAGGAACAAAAAUAGAGGUUAGAAAGAGAGGCAUACAUUCCUUUGAAUCUUUUAUCUACGAAACAUAACCAACACCUUCAAGUGUUUCGUUUCUUUAUCGGUUUCCGGGCGGUUUAUAUGAUCCAGACAUAAAUAAGAGACUUUGAAUGUUACGGUUUUUGAAGAGUAAUUGUGUUCGAGGAAAGAAAAACGUCCGAAGCCCUGCUCUGUACGAGACUCAGGAACUCGCCCUUACCAAUGGUCAAAGAAUGGGCCAAGAUAUGCAGAAAAGUGAAAAAUAACAAUUUUAUUCGUUCCCACUGUACUCCCCAAGCAGACCAAUGUAGGUCAGUCAGGUUGUCGACGGGUACAAGUCGACUCCCGAGAAAUUCCCUAAACGAAAUAAUACACUACCAGACUGGAUAAAAAUUAAAACACCGGAUUUCUUAUUACGCUUGUCCAGACUUUGGUUCCAAAAGCAUCGUCAGAAUCUUUAUAUUUGUCAUUGCAACUUUGUAUAGCUGAAAAAAUUGAGUUGCACAUACAUUGAUUUGUUGUGCCCUUAAGAUUUCACGUUUUAAGUUUUCAAUCGCUGUAAGAAGCCGGAUCAGUUUAAAGCACAAAUGUUCCAGCGGCUUUAAAAGUGUUCAUUAUUACUGACCUGAACAACGACUGUAAUAGGCAAAACAGAGUGCAUCACAAGCCUUCACUUUUUUGCGUUUUAUUGUGGAUACCAAAGUGGUUAGUAUUUCAUUUACUAGUUUCACGUACUGUAAAUUAUGUCUGCCAUUUUUUUGGUAGUGAUCUGUAUGAGAAGCAAGACCAUAUCUGCAUAAUAUUUCUUUGUAUUCGGUUAUCUUGCCAGCUUUCUCGUGACGCCGUCUAAUUAAAUUAAUCUGUUCUAUUUCGGCGUGCUCCGUAGGACGUAUGUCUGUUUGCCACGCCAAUUUUAAAAGCACGUUAAGACUCACUCCUUCGGGUUUUACUCCGAGAGCAGUUUUCCUUAAUACUUACUUGCUACUAAAAUCCGACAGAGUAAAACUUUUCGAUACUGUGCUGGUGUAAGUUCGUAUUUUUCAGGUGCGCUCAUUACCACAUUGUUGGGUUUAAAAUAUCAUCCUCGAUCUUAUGAAUUGUUUGAAAUCCUCUGAUCUCUCAAGGGACAACCCUGACAUACUGAAGUCUCGAGUUGGACUUUUUCCUCAAAGUCUUGAAACAAAAAGGGAGAUGAACUGGGUCUGAAAGAGACAAUAAAAGAUAAGGUGGAUUUCGAUUCACUGAAAAGCAUUGGUUCAAAGCGCCUUGGCCAGAUUAUGAAACCGCUCAUCCUAUCCUAAUCGUAUAUUGGUCUUUCACAUCGUGUUCGGAGGAAGGUAAGUAAGGAGGCCAAAAAACAAAUUCGUUUAGCGGGCAUCAACUAUAUUCUCGAUUAAUAAUUUUUGUCCAAGAGUUAUCUUUGCCGUGAUAUACGCUAAAAUCAGAAUAAUAAUUUUGUGUGUAUGCAUAUUUGUUGAAUAAAAAUGACUCAAGGACUGUCUUGAAGGAAAUAUCUAGUUCAUCUUCACAAGCCAUCUUUGUAUAUCUCAGUCGAGAAAAAUACGCGUAGUUAAAAGUCAACCCUGCAAUUUAUUGCCUAAAAUAAAGUGAUUGCCUUCUGUAAACCGUGUUUAGACGCUCUCUGUAAGUAUGCUGUCUCCACAAAAGCCCAGCCUUCUAAUUUCGUUGAGUAAUGUAUCAUUUUAUGAGUGAUUCUGUCUUCACAGCCAGUAUACUCACAGUAGCAUGGAAAAUGAUUAUCACUGCACACGAAUACCUCGUAAUUUUAACGGAUUGCACAAUACUUAAAAUAUCAGCAAGUACUACAAUCUCUGAAUUUAAUUACUGAUAAUUUAUCGAAAGCUAUAGGCGUAAAACACUUGUUUCUGACACGCGAGAAUUAUGUCACUGAAUUUUUUCACCACUAAAGAGGAUUUCGGCAGGUAUUAAUUACGUAACACUGCGGUGAUAGGCAUUUCGAGAAACACUGGAGCUAGGAGAAAACCCUCUAGAAAAUUAAUAAUUUCGUUGUAGAACCCCGAGCUCUUCUCAACAGCCUCUGUGAGGCCUGUUCGUUUGCUAAUGUAUGGGAAAUUGGGGGGCUAAGAUCACGAGCGGCAGUGAACGUGUGGUUGGGAGGCUACAAACAAUAGAUACAAUUGGGAUAAUGAGGUCCCAAACUACGUUCCCAGGCAGUGAAUAGGAGGGAAAAGGAGAAGCGCGGUUAUGAGCAUGUCCCCUGUAGGUGGGAUUGCGUUUAUUGUGCCGGUAAAACAAGAGAGUGGUAUGUUGCGAAGCGACCGAUGAGAUCUUCUCGUAUGCCUUCCCAGUGCCUAUUGACGUCAAGAUGACAAUUACUCCUAUCGGUGGCGGAAAUCAGAGCCUUGAGAAAUGCUUGGAGAAUAGCUGGGGAUCUGCCGAUAACUUCGACGAUUUCAAAAUAAACAAGAUCACCACUUUCUAGUGAAGAGACUUGCCUCAACGGAAAGUUUGUCCAUAUUUGGUGUCGCGAAUCGCAGUGGUAGCAUACAUGUAAGCACAACCAACGCAUUGACUGCUCAGGGCAAUGUUACUUUGUUCAUUCUUUGGUUUGCCGGUUUGGAAACCUGAUGUUGCUUUCUGUAGUAAUAGUACAUGCUUGUGUGCGGUGCAAAUAGUAACACUUCGAAGGUGUCUUGAGGUAACUGCAAAAACACCUUUUAGGCGUGGCUGGGAUAGGAAUUUUUCUGUCCGUCCUUAAUCUAUGGUUCUCCCGCCCAUGGCAGUUUUUCCUGAAACUUGUCAAAUGUCCACUACAUGUCAUUAGGUGGUAAAGAUAAUUCACUUUUAUUUAAAAUAAAUUUUAAUCUCUACAAUAGACAAAAAAGAGAAGAGUGUUCCUAAGCACUUGCUUCUGUGAACGAUGGAAUGUUUGCCUUUGUGGCAGAAAAAUAUAUCGACAAUGGUGUCUUUCUCAUGAAAGCCCUUCGUCAUUAUAUGUCUGUCGACAGGCAUUUUAGGCCUAAUCAUUUGACAACGGACUUUACCAAAAUGCACGCUUUAACGUCUGGUAUAAAUUUCCGGCCUCGUUCCUCUUUGUGACGACAAAGGCGUUGUUGAGAUACCAGAACCAGGAUUUUGGUACAAUUUUUUGGUCGAUUUUUUGUCAAGGUUUAGUCCCGCAGCCACACUUGACGGAUGUCAUACGGUCACCCUACUAACUUAUUUUAGUAGGUGAAAUUACGUUAAAGUAAUGUUAGUGGCACUGUUCUAUCUCCCAAGUGACUAUGCGAUCACAUUCCUUCCUAAUCUAGCGAGUGGCUAGGCUGCGUGCGUCAACGGCUCUACUCCUUUCCGGUCCCACUCCAGUGAGUGCGCACGUACAGGUUACGUCACCGGAGGUGCUUCAGCGGGGCGCAACGUACACGGUACCUUUAGGAAGGAUGCCGUUGACGUAUCAAGCUAAAUUUCACUAAUACAUUACGUUACUAGACAACUUCGCGGGGGACGAUUGCUCGGUGAUGUACAUGGGUCGGGCUUCCGAAAAACGCAGAAUAUCCGUUUCCGUGUGCUACUUUUCUGCUGCAUAUUCACCUGCGUUUUCAUUAUCAGCGUUAUAGAUCAACGUACUGGUCCGUUUGCUAAGACGUUUUCAGCACUGUUUGUUGACCGUCAUUAACUGGAUACGAUUACCAUUCGUGGCUUAGGAAAGUUUCCCCCGAUUUGCUCCACCUCGUUCGGGAAUGCCUUCAAGCACACACCCUGCCAAAUGCUGUAUCAUUCCACGGCUGUGGUGCGGUUUUUGCCCUCGGAGGUCCCACCGAGAAUAUCCAGGCAGGUUUUCAUCAUUUUCGUUAUUGCCAGCGUAAUUUUGUCAAACACCACCUCAGUCAGAAUCGGUAUCUCUAUCUAUCCUGAAAAUAGGAGGUCUAGCUUAAACACAGUUCUUCUAUCGCAAUCUCAAUCGCUCAGAUGAAUCCAUUCCAAACUUUCUUGGGGUGUGACCAGUUCAGAUCAUGCUGAGUAUUUUCUAUAGCGUUCAUUCAAGAACCUCAAGAACCUGUAAGAUAUGUCUGGGGUGUAGGGGUGUCCAGCGGUGGGUUCAUGUGAUGGUCGUAGUGGUCGCUCACUUGCUUGCAGGUGAGACUACGCCUAGCGGCCAUUUGCUUGCACCCAACUCUCACCUGUGGCUCCACGAAGCUGGGCUCUGCUCAGCGGCCACACCCCGGGCAACCGUCUCGACCAGCGGGCUAAACCAGGUGAGGGCGCUGUGCGCUCGUGCCGCGUGCACAGUGUACUGCGGACUCCGCUGGAUGGAUGGUCGGAUGAAAAACUGCGCCGGCAUCGUCGAGACGAGGCUCUGCCUGGUACGCCGUUGGACAACUGCUGCCGGGACGGGUCUCCGCAUCGCCUUCGCUGAGACGCGCCCACCCUCGCCGACGGAGACCGCGGACUCACGACCUAUGCGGUCGUUCUCCACUACACACACAAAAGUCGUGGCCCCAUAGUGGGAUUCGGUCGCGCCAACCAGGCACAUGGGCAGCCCGAUUCAGGGGCGACACUGCCUGCCCCCACGAGGAGAAGGGCCCAGAAAGGUUGACCUAAAAAAUGCUGGGUACCAUGCCGUCUUCAGGCUAGCCAGGGCCGCAGACGUCUAAUCAUGGUCAAAACACUCAAAAUCGAAACAACAACAAUACCAAUAACAACAACAACCACACUCAGUCUCCUCAUCCUACCUCUUCUAUCUCUUCCUCUGCCUAUUCUUCUGCCUUUUCUUCUCCUUCGUCACCUCCUUCCCACCUCCUUCCCGUGGCCCCACUCGUUGUCCCCCGACUGGCAGGGGGAGCCCGCUCACUCUGGCAGCCUGGAAUGUUCGUUUCCUUUUAGACAAUCCGAGGAGCAACCGACCGGAGCGGAGGACGGCUCUAGUGGCACGAAAACUCGCCCGCUACAAGGUGGAAAUCGCCGCACUCAGCGAGACCCGAUUCUCCGAUCAAGGCCAACUGGAGGAGGCAGGUGCCGGCUACACCUUCUUCUGGGGUGGUCGGCCAAGGCCACAGCGACGAGACGCGGGCGUCGCCUUCGCCAUUCGGAACGACAUCGUGGGACGACUGCCCAGUCUGCCGCAAGGCAUCAACGAUCGUCUGAUGAGCCUCCGCCUGCCUCUCUGGGGAGGCAAAUUCGCCACCAUCAUCAGCGCCUACGCUCCGACGAUGACCAACCCUGACGCCGUCAGAGACAAAUUCUACGAGGACCUGCACGCCCUCUUGGCGACUGUGGCGAAGGCGGACAAGUUGAUUGUCCUUGGCGACUUCAACGCCCGCGUCGGCACAGACCAUACUGCCUGGAAAGGAGUGCUGGGUCCCCACGGUCUCCGCGGCUCAAACGACAAUGGUCUGCUGCUUCUCCGCACCUGCGCAGAACACCGCCUCAUCCUGACGAACACGUUCUUCUGUCUGCCGGGGCGAGAGAAGGCCACCUGGAGGCAUCCUCGGUCGCGUCAGUGGCACCUGCUGGACUAUGUCCUCGUCCGGAGGCGAGAUCAGCGGGACGUGCUGGUGACGAAGGCGAUCGCGGGUGCUGACGGGUGGACCGACCAUCGCCUCGUCCUCUCGAAAAUGCGUAUUCGCCUACAGCCUCACAGGAGACCACAAGGUAAGCGACCCCCGGUAAGCUGAAUGUUGCCUUGUCGUCUUUGCCCGCUCACCAUCUUCAUUUCAGCAAUGAGCUAGCUCAAAGGCUAGACAACCUUCCUAUCGCUGCCGACGCCGCCGCUGCCGAGAACGCCUCUGUAGAGUACCGCUGGUGUCAACUGCGAGACACGGUCCAGUCGACGGCACUCGCCGUCCUCGGUCGCGCUCCCCGCCAACACCAGGACUGGUUCGACGACAACGACGCCGCCAUCAGAAAUCUGCUUGUUGAGAAGAUCGCCUACACAAAGCCUACGUAG